GGCGGACCAUUUUGUGUUACGCCGUUUGUCCUCCGACAAGAAAAAGUAGUUGAUUAUCGACACACCGGCUUUUUCCACGCUGUUGCGAUAUUACUUUUAAUGGACGACGAGGGCCAGAAAGAUGCAGAAAGGACAGCACCGUCGGUGAUUGACCGUUACUACACACGAUGGUACAAAGCUGAUAUGAAGGGUAACCCGUGUGAGGACCACUGCAUCCUCCAGCAUUCAAACAGGAUAUGUGUUAUCACCUUAGCUGAGACUCACCCUCUCCUUCAGAAAGGGCGAACAAUCAAGAAGAUCAACUAUCAAAUCAGUAAUGGCUGCAGCCGCUUGAACAACAAAGUCUCGGGAAAGUCCAAGCGGGGAGGCCAGUUUCUUACCGAAUUUGCGCCUCUGUGUCGGAUCACGUGCACGGAUGAAACAGAGUUCACCAUCUACAGCUGCAUUCGGGGUCGUCUGCUGGAGGUCAACGAGAACAUUUUAGAAACACCUGCUCUCUUGCAAGAAAAGCCGUCCACCGAUGGCUACAUCGCUGUCAUUCUGCCCAAAUUUGAGGAGAGCAAGAGUAUCACAGAGAGCCUGUUGAGCAGAGACGACUUUGAAAAGCUCGUUGCCGGAAGAGACGCCGCGCAAGCGGAAGCCUCCUGACGAAGACUUUCUUCAAACUUGGGUUGCUUUUUGUGAAUGUGGCCCUCGGUGGAAAACGUUUGGACACCCCUGAUUCAAAGUCUUACAGGUAAGCCACGAGACAAUAAAAAAAACAAGCUGCGGCCGCACUUUGGACACCCCUCUCAUUUAAAAAGAAUAAAAGUCCCCCCACCUCGCUUGCCCUCGAAGACGUCGCUGAUCUCGCGGACGAGCAGCACCAUGUCGCUCAGCUGCGACUCCCACGCUUCGCAGAACACCUCCAGGUUCUCCUUGGCGAUCUUGCUGGACGGGUGCAGCGCCAGCGUUUGGGCCGCGGAAAUGAUCUGAAACGUGAAAUGAAGUUUGUUAUCUGACAAACAAACUAUAAACAAAGCCAUUUUAUUGACUUUAAAGUUAUUUUAUUUCAGUUUGUGUCCAACUAUUUACGAACUGGAGCAUAUAAGCUUUAUCCAUGUACUUUUUUAUUAUAUAUUUUUAAUAACGUGAUUGUGCAGCAACACAAAAAAGCAAAGGGAAUGUAUCACAACAGUUUUACACCCCAUGGAGCCGUUCAGCAAACAAUACAAAAAUAGUCAGUAUGAAGUUUUUGUUUUUUUUUGAAAACAAGUUUAGCACGUUAAAUGAAUGGGCUAUUUAAACAUUUGACUUUGUUGUGCAGCAUUGUCCUGUGACAAAACAACCCAUCAGGCUGAAGGAUGGCAACAAUGGUGCUAAUUUGUCCCACAGGAAAUGAGGACAUCCCCUGCCGUGUUGUACUUGAUAGCCAAUUAGCCCCCAAGGCUAACACUGCACCCCCUCCUCAGCCUCCUCAUGCCGCUACGUUAUUGAUUCCCUGAACCCUGACCUCACGAGCGGAGUCAUUACCACAGGGCCUGACAUGCACCCUGCAGGACAGGAACAUUCUGCGGUGCAGGAUAAUUGCUGGGCAUGGAGUAAACAUAAUGAGACGUGGUGGAAGAGGAGGUGAUGUAGGAGGACGCGGCAGACGCUGGGUGAUUAGUCUGCCUCGCCUCUGUGAUGCAGCCGAGCAGGAUCUUUGAUUCUUCCUGACCUCGUCUGAAACAAGACAGAGCCUCCUGUGAAGGGGAGGGUCUGUGCUUUCAUGUCAGACUCUCCAAAAGUCUCUUCUCUAGUUUGUCACAAGUCGCUUUUUCGAAAAGGAGAAACUAGAGGGGUCUGAUGGCUCACAGCCUUGCGCCAAAUGUAUUUGUGGCGGGCCGCUGAAUUACACCGAAUGGGCUUUACCUGCGGUCCAAUGACGUGGAAGGUCUCUUCUGCGUGCGUGCACGUUAUCUCAAGCGGUUCGGUCCCGGACACGUGACACAGCAGCCGACAGUUCUGCCAAGAAAGCAAAAUAGUAACAAACCUACCUGUUUAUUGUGCUAAAUGCAUGUAAACAACACCGCAUGAACCUGUUUAUUUGUUAGCAAACCCUGCAGUAACCAAGGUGUGAACAUAAAGUUGAGUGCCGCCUGCUGUUGUGCACGGUUAUUGCAGCCAUACGUGCAAAUUAUACACUCGCAGCAUGCACACCCACUAGACAGUGAAACUCAAGUCGUCGUUGAGCAACCGUGACUCAGUGAAACUCAAGUCUUCCUCACUUUGUGAUUCAGCAAAACUUUAUUCUUCGUCAACCCCUGAGUCAGUGAAACUUGAGUCUUCAUCGAGCAACCGUAAGUCAGUGAAACUUUGAAGUCGUCCUUUCCUUUGUGAGUCAGUGAAAGUCGAGUCUUCGUCGGGAAGCCGUGAGUGAAAUUGAGUCUUUGUCACUUCGUGAAUCAGUGAAAGUCGAGUCUUCGUCACUUGGUGAUUCAGCAAAACUUGAUUCUUCAUCAACACGUGAGUCAGCAAACUCGAGUCUUCGUCACUCUGUGAGUCAGUGAAAUUCAAGUCUUACUCAAACAGCCGUGAGUCAGAGAAAGUCGAGUCUUCAUCACUUUGUGAGUCAGUAAACUCGAGUCUUCGUUAAGCAGCUGUGAGUCAUUGAAACUCGAGUCUUCAUCACUUUGUGAGUCAGUGAGACUUGAGUCUUCGUCAAGCAGUUGAGUCAGUGACACUCAAGUCUUCCUCACUGUGAUUCAUCAAAACUUGAUUCUUCGUCAACCCGUGAGUCAUUCAAACUCAAGUCUUCGUCAUUUCGUGAGUCAGUGAAAGUCGAGUCUUCAUCACUUGGUGAUUCAGCAAACAUCUUUGUCACUUCGUGAAUAAGUGAAACUUGAGUCUUCGUUGAGCAGUCGUGAAUCAGUGAAACUCAAGUCUUCCUCACUGUGAUUCAGCAAAACUUGAUUCUUCCUCACCUGUGAGUCAGUGAAACUCGAGUCUUCUCCACUUCGUGAGUCAGCAAAACUUGAUUCUUCGUCAACCCAUGAGUCAGUCAAAUUCGAGUCUUCGUCACUCCGUGAGUCAGUGAAACUUGAGUCUUCAUCACUUUGUGAGUCAGUGAAAUUUGAGUCUUCCUCGAGCACCCGUUAGUCGGCACAACUCAAGUCUAUGUCAGCCUGUGAGUUAGAAAACUUGAUUCUUCAUUGACCCGUGAGUCAGUCAAUAUUGAGUCUUCGUCGGAUAUCAGCAAAAUUCAGUUUUAAAAAACCCAACAAAAAACAACUCAUUAAUGACUCCGCCAUCUCUAACCUCCACCAGUUGCUCCUUCUGCUCGGUUAGCGUUCGGGAGUACUGCGCCACUGCCUCCAGGUUUCCCUCGGCGCCGGCUGCCUUGAGCGCACGCAGCGGCGAAUGCUCCGCAUGGACCCUCAGCAUGUCCGAGGCGCGGCUGACCGCCACCUUGUGGAGCUGUGGGUCAAAGUCAGGGUGGUCAGUUCUAUACAAGUUCUUCACAAACGUGUGCCGUGGGGUUUCCGGGUCCGCUCACCUCGCGUCUGAGGUCGUUGACGCUCUGGCAUGACUUGGCGAUGGCCACCUCCAAGUCGUCGGUGGCUUCUUUGGCGUGGACCGACUGCUGUGGGGGCAACAUCACAGAUUUAAUUACUAAUCAAGUUGCCGUGGCAACUUCAAUCAAACCUUAGAAUUCAAAUUCAAAGGCGAGUUGAGCCUCUGUUGUCCUAUUAGCAUCUUUAGCAUUUUUGAGGACAAAAAUAAUGACUUGUGUGACAUGUUAGUGAGCGCAUGCGGCGGGCGGCCAACACGUACCGCUUUGGUCCAGGUGUGCAGCAGCUGCUGGGCGUCCUGGCGGGCCAGCUGGCACAGGCCCAGGAUGGCCUGGCGCUGCUCGUGGCCCGUGUAGGCAGAGUCGGUGAAGUCCUCCGUGCGCUCCACCAGCGCCUCCAGCUGGCGGCCCACGCUGUCAGGCGGCGAGGCGUACAGGUUGUCCCGCAGGCACUCCACGCUGGACUGACGGGGGAAUCAAUCAAUUGUUAAAUCAUAUUUUAUAAGUAGAGUAACAAAGGCUUUCGAAAAAAAAUGUCAUGAAAGCUAAUAAAUUAAAAUCAAAUGCGCCGAAAUUGAAAAACAACCUUUUUCUCAGAAGGACAUUGAGGGUAUUUCUUAUU